AUGUCAUUGGCCCUAGGGGCCUUAGUGGGUUCGGGCGCGGGGCUCAGCCCGAGCGGGCGCAAGUCCAGGGGUGGGCGGACCCGGCAGCGCAUCGGAGCAGAGGAGGCCGCUGGCCACGGCGCCGCCCAGGUGGCCGGAGCGGCGACGGGACGGCAACGGCGCGCGGCCGUAGGGCAGCAGCAGCUGCGGGAAGUGGUGGAGCAGCGAGACAACGAGGUGCGGCGCAAGGCGGGGGGUUGCCGUGGUUGGGUCGUCGGACACGGGUGCGCGGUCACGGCCGGACCGGGUGGCUGCGCGGUGGCGCCGGCAGAGCUACGCCGGAGCAGCAGCGAGCAGGGGGGGAGAGGCGCACGAGGCACGCUGCAAGCGGGCGCAAGGUGCGGCGUGGCCGUGGCGCCGUGGAGGCAAAGGGCGCCAGCGGGGGCGCGCGCGAGCCGUGGCGAGGGCACGGGGCUCUGGGAGGGGGGGAGUGCGAGUCAGGGGCGGGGCGCGGCGCAGCACGUGAGCGGGGGGCUGCGGGGCAGCGCGAGCGGGCGCCGGUGGCUCAUGAGCAGCGGGGCGGCAGAGGCCAUGCGAGGCCGAGCCAGGGAAGCGGUAGCGAGCGGGACGCGGGUGCGGGGGUGCGCGAGCGAGGGUGGUCCGGGGCGCAGGCGACGCGCGGGUGCCGCAGGGGGAACCGACGGCGUCGGGCGCGGGCGCGGACGCGGUCUGGUGCUACUAGGCGCGCAACGGGGUGCACAGGGUGCGCGCAGCACACGGGCCGGCACGGGUGGUCGGCGAGGUGAGCAGGGGAGCGGCGGGAGGUGGGGCCUCACCGCGGGCGUAGGGUUCGGAGCAACGGGGCUCGAGGAGGAAGGCGAAGACAACGCGGCGGAGAGGAAGCAGGCCGGCGAGGUGGCUUUAGCGAGGUCCAGGCGCUCCGGGCGGUGA